UGUUUGUGAAGGAGAGAGAGGGAGGAAGCAGACCUUCGGCAGUGCGAUCACUUGGUGGUUCAUACUUUCUCCUCACUGGACUACAGCUCCUACAACUUUCCUCUCCUCCUCAUUAACGAGGCAUUGCAGUUGAUUUUUCCAGGAGUUUCGGGAUGGGAGCCCCCCUCUCAAGGUUUUAGAUGUACAUCUGGAGUUAGGUCACGCUGCUUGUCGGGGAUCAUGGAGAUGAACGGUCGUGCUCUCCCGCCGUCAAUACCUGAGGAUGGCGAAGCCCCCGACCAGGCGAUGCGCGGGGAGAUUAAUGGCUUCCACACCAGUCUUCAGAAUGACGGAGGAGACACUGAGCUCCCAGUGUCCAAGACUCAGAGGAGAAAGAGUGAUGUUAAAGUCUAUAAGGAGUUUUGUGACUUUUAUGCUCGCUUCAACAUGGCCAACGCUCUGGCAAACGCCAUGUGUGAACGCUGCAAGAGCGGCUUCGCUCCAGCCGAGAAAAUUGUGAACAGCAACGGGGAGCUUUACCACGAACAGUGCUUUGUCUGUGCACAGUGUUUCCAGCAGUUCCCAGAGGGGCUCUUCUAUGAGUUCGAAGGCAGGAAGUACUGUGAGCACGACUUCCAGAUGCUUUUCGCUCCUUGUUGCCAUCAGUGUGGCGAGUUCAUUAUCGGCCGUGUGAUCAAGGCGAUGAACAACAGCUGGCAUCCAGACUGUUUCUGCUGUGUGAUCUGCCAAGCUGUGCUUGCAGAUGUUGGAUUUGUUAAAAACGCUGGACGACACUUGUGCCGCCCGUGCCACAACAGAGAGAAGGCUCGGGGUCUCGGCAAGUACAUCUGUCAGAAGUGCCACGCCAUCAUCGACGAGCAGCCUCUGCUGUUCAAGAACGACCCUUAUCACCCGGAUCACUUCAACUGCAACAACUGCGGUAAGGAGCUGACAGCUGAUGCCAGGGAGCUGAAGGGAGAGCUCUACUGUCUGCCCUGCCAUGACAAGAUGGGCGUGCCCAUCUGCGGCGCAUGUAGGAGACCCAUCGAAGGCCGCGUUGUCAAUGCCAUGGGCAAGCAGUGGCAUGUGGAGCAUUUUGUGUGUGCUAAGUGUGAGAAACCCUUCCUGGGGCACCGUCACUACGAGCGAAAAGGGCUGGCAUAUUGUGAGACCCACUACAACCAGCUGUUCGGAGACGUUUGCUACCACUGCAACCGAGUGAUUGAAGGAGACGUGGUGUCGGCCCUUAACAAGGCUUGGUGUGUCAACUGCUUUGCAUGCUCUACCUGCAACACCAAGCUCACCCUCAAGGAUAAGUUUGUGGAGGUGGAUCUGAAGCCAGUGUGCAAACACUGCUACGAACGCCUUCCAGACGAUAUGAAGCGCCGCCUGGCCAAGCGCGAACGGGACUCGAAGGAGAAGAAGAAGAAACCUCUGAUCCCCAUGUGUCUGUGAUCCUUUCUUGCUCCUUUCUCCUCACUUCAUUCAUUCUUCUUUUGGAACAAGUUUGUGGAGUUUGACAUGAAGCCAGUGUGUAAGAAAUGCUAUGAGAAGUUCCCGCUGGAGCUGAAGAAGAGGCUGAAGAAGCUGUCGGAGACCGUCGCUCGGAAGUAAACGCAGCUCAGGAAGAUGCGAUGAGAGAGACGAACCGAACCCUGCUCCAACACACCCUUUAAAAGUCAUUGUUGUGCUAAUGUUACAUUUAGCUUGGGUAUUGCACUUAGAAUCACAGGUUCCAUUAGUUUAGAGUCAUUUUAUUCUUCUGAAACUGACUCCAAACUAACGGUCAGUCUUGAGUGCCUUUUUGCUGAAAUUCUGCACUGCAUAUCUUUCAUAUUCUGGCUUUCUUUAUUGCUAAAUAAACUCUUGAAUAAAGAAUAUAAAAUCAUCAUAAAUGGUCUUAUAUACUUGAUGAUAAAAAUUGUGCUUUAAAACAUAUUUGAUAUUUUAUAUAAGAAAUGUUUGCCAGUGUAUUUUGCCAAUAUGUGACAAUUAUUUUAUAAUUAAGUAAGACUAAAGAGAAAUUCAACGUAUUAAAAGUCUAUUAAAUGUGAGCAUAUUUUAUUACGCUUCCUGUUUUUUUAACACAGAUUAUGCCAAAAAUACUUAAUUUAGAUUCUUGUUGAAUAUUUUCACCAAUAAAGUAGUAAUUUCAUCCAAAAAGUUUCACAUCCACUGUGUGGGAUUGCUUUUUAUAUUUUUAUUAAACACUUGUCUAUGCUAACCAGAUGUUUAACCACAAUUUUUUUCACAUUUUUUUUCUAGUUUAUAUAUAUGUUUUUGUCAUAUUUAAGCAUCAUAUUCAACAUGAAUCCAUAACAAAUAUAAAACAUAUUUAUUUACAGUUUUAGCUUCAGUUGGACUGAGUCAUUGCUCCCUGUCAUCUAACACUGAGCAGCUUUACAGUCGCAGGUUUGCAUGGCAGCUGUUAAUGCUCUGUUUAUUACAACACGGUGACUUAUGACGUACAGGCGCUGCCGGAUGUUGGAAUAACAUUUGGAUGUUGGAACAUUGCCUGUGCUGUUUGUAAUCCAAAGGAAGUGAUCCUCUUAAGGAAGUGGAGGCUUUCUUACUUCCUAGGGGCUCAGACCCACUCAAUCGAGGAAGGCAAACCAGCGGCUUUGGGAAAUCUGGUUCUGUAUUUGAUCAUAGGAUGUUUAUGCAGCAAAAUACAAAGUAUUAGUUUAAUUGUUCAUAUGUGUACAAAAUGAUAAAAAGUGAUAUUUCUGUGAGGUGUUAAAUGAUCCAUGCAAUGUUGAUGAAGAUAUUUGUUGUGUCUUGACAAACCAAACUGCAUGUUCCAGGCUAGAAUAGAAAUAUAUGUUUUGUUCAUUUCAAGUGUCGUCGGCUCAUCUGAAUAAAAUUAUAUUAGCACUAA